AUGGUAGCUACCAACACAAAUGAGGUUCAAACAAAUUAUGACAGACAAAGUGACCUAAAAGCUUUUGAUGACACCAAGGAAGGUGUUAAAGGCCUUGUUGAUGCUGGUAUAACUGAGGUUCCUAGGAUUUUUCAUCAACCACCACAUGAGCACUUCAUUGACAACACUUCUGAUUCAGAAGCAACCCAAUUUAGCAUUCCAGUCAUAGACCUUGAAGGCCUUGCACUUGAUAGUCCGACGAAACGAAAGGAGAUUGUUGCAAAAGUUGGAGAGUCAUCAAAGACUUGGGGCUUUUUCCAAAUUGCCAAUCAUGGAAUUCCUAUUAGUGUUCUGGAGGAGAUAAAGGAUGGGGUGCGUGGUUUUUUUGAGCAAGACACUGAGGUGAAGAAAAAGGUUUACACUCGUGAUUACUUCAGACCUGUGAUCUAUAAUAGCAACUUUGAUCUAUAUAAAGCACCGGCGACUAACUGGAGGGAUACUUUUAUCUGUUACAUGGCUCCUUACGCAAAGAAGCCAGAAGACUUGCCUGAAGUAUGCAGAGACAUUCUUAUUGAGUACUCCAAGCAAAUAAUGAGGUUGGGGAAGUUGUUGUUGGAGUUGUUGUCGGAGGCUCUUGGGCUGACACCAAGUCACUUGAAUGACAUAGAUUGUAGUGAGGGCCUUGUGCUUCUGUGCCAUUACUAUCCUGCUUGUCCACAGCCAGAAUUAACUUUGGGCACAAGCAAACAUGCUGACAGUGACUUCCUCACAGUCCUUCUGCAAGAUCAUAUUGGUGGCCUCCAAGUUCUUCACAAGAACAAGUGGAUUGAUGUGCCCCCAAUGCCUGGGGCAUUAGUGGUUAACGUUGGAGAUCUUUUACAGCUUAUAUCAAAUGAAAGAUUCAAGAGCGUAGAGCACAGGGUACUGGCAAACCGUGUAGGUCCAAGAGUAUCUGUUGCGAGCUUCUUCACCACAGGAAUGUUACCAUUGAAAAAACUCUAUGGACCCAUCAAGGAGCUAUUAUCAGAGGACAAUCCUCCAAAGUACAGGGAGACAACUGUGAAGGACUAUAAUGCCCACGUCAAUAUCAAAGGCCUUGAUGGAACCUCUGCCUUGAAUCAUUUCAAGCUCUGA